AGCCUUGGCCCAAGGGAGGGGCGGGAGGGGCCCCGGCUCUCCCCGCGCGGCCGGCGCCCCCCGCGCGGCGCGGGGGCGCGGACAUGGCCGGCGCGCGGGCUCGGGCCGUGCAGCUGGACCAGCUGCUCGGCAGCUACGUCCUGCAGCUGCCGCGCGGCCACCCCCUCCGCAGCACCGCGCGAGAGCUGCCCGCCGAGGCCUUCCGCCACCUCGUGGAGGCGGAGGUGGGCCCGCUGCAGGACGACGUCUUCUCCUGCCUGGUGGACCUGCUGCCACCGGCGGGCAACCCCAGCCGCGUGGACCUGAGGCGCUGGCCCCGGGCGGCAGAGCCUGCCGGCGCGGCCGCCGCGGGGGGGACGCCGGCGGCCGAGGAGGCGGGCGCCCGGGAGGAGCUGAUGCGCCAGCUGGUGGAGGCUGCGCAGGCGCGCGGCAUGACGCCCACGCAGCUGCUGCACCGCGUCGCGGCCGAGGAGGACAGGGCCACUGGGGAGGUGGGCAUCGCCACGUUCGUGGCCGUCAUGCGGCAGCUGGGCGUGGCCGACGCGGGCCGAGACGCGGCGGCCAUGGCGCUGCUCCGGCGCGCGGUCGGGCCAUCUGGCACGUCGGUUCCGUACAGGCGCUGGCUCCUGCCGCACACGCUGCGCGGGAUCACCGCCGCGGUUCCACCGCCGUCGCUGGUGUCGCGCGCCGAGCAGCUGCGGCCCGUCGGCUUGCUGGCGCCGCCGCCCCGGAGUAGCAGGCCGCCUUCUGCGACGAGAUUCGACGAGGAGGAGCGCCUCAUCCGACCGCCAGGUGAUGCGACAGGCACCGAUGAGGUUGACGGGCACCUGCGGCCACUGCGGAGCGCUGGUCGAGAGGUGACCGCCUUCUUGCGGCAGGUGGUCCUCGACAUCGUCAGCAAUGCGGCCACGGAGGGGAUGGAGAAGCAGGCCGCGGGGAGAAUGCAAAACAGGUUCGCUGGGCGCCAGAUCGUUCGCAACGAGCUAACUGCAGAACCACUGGUUUCGCGCACCUUCCGCCGCGCCCCCGCCAUGCGCAGCCUCGUGGCCAGCUGCUCGCUCGGCCGCCUGCUCUUCCUGGAACGCGGGCAGAUCUUGCAGCAAGUCGACAUCACUUCUGGCAGGCUUCUGCCGGAGGAAAACAUCGGCCAAGCAAUACCUCAUCGGGCCUCCGUGGUUCUCGCCAUCGCGCUCGACGACGCAGGAGGCCGGCUGGCAGCCAUAGAUGAGGAUUGGACGUUGACCUUGUGGGCGAUGUGCCGGGCUGGCGACGAAACCGAAAGCGCGUUUGGUGCCCACGUCGCGCGCAGGCAGCUGCCCAGAGAGUCCAGGCUGUGUGCCAAGGCCCACGGCAUCUUCCAGCUGCGCCAGUACCACGCCCUGGGCAUGGCGCAGUCGCUGCUGACGUUCGUGGAGGCGCCCGUGCGCUGCUACUGCCUGAACAUGUCCUGGGUGGGCAAGCUGUGGCUCCUCGACGCCGCGGCGCUGUCGAGGCUGCGCGAGCUCGACCUCGGGGGCGGGCCCUCCGAGCUGGGCGCCGGCGUCGGGAGGCCCGGGCUGUGGCCGGCGUGCGAGCGCCUGGACUUCCGCCGCGCCGGGGCGGCCGCGCUGGUGCCCCGCGCGCAGCUGGAGGGGGAGCUCCGCAGGCUGGGCCUCGACGGCGGGGAGGCGGCAUCGGUGGCCGAAGGGGUCGCGCACGGGGAGGCCGGGGAGUGCGACUUCGCGCGCCUGUGCCGGGCCCUCGACCGGGCGCGCUGCCCCGCGGAGCUGGCCCAGCAGGCGGCGCCGCGCGGCGGGCCGAGUCCACGCUCGUUGGCGCGUGCCUGCCACGCCCUCGCCGACAGGGCGGCGGUGGAUGCCUUGUUGGAGCUGCAGGUGCUGGAGCACCGCGGGCUGCUCCUGGGGAACGCUGCAGGUCUGGUCGCAGUGUGGCUGGUGAGGUUGGCAGAUGGCGCAGUUCGUCCGAGCUGCUUGAACCACCAGCGACGGUAUCCAGCUGCAGCGCGGAGCGUAGACCAGCCUCCAGUCAUCCGCGUUGUGAGCAUUCGGGACCUCGUGCUGACGGGAGGACGGAACGCCACAGACGCAUGCGUCAAUGUUUGGUAUAUGGGUGGCGCCCCGGAGACAGUUCCCGCAUCCCCAGCUUGCACGCUAGGGUUGGAAUCGACCUCUGCAUCUCUAGUCUACAGCUUGAGUUUCCUGCCACAUGUGCAAUGCGUCGUGGAUACCCGUUCCAACGGGGAUAUUCACUUUUGGGACCUGACGCGUGCCAUGCAGUCCAUACGCGACCCAUCAGCGGCACAUGACCGCGCUGCGUGUUCGCAAGCGGACGAAGCCGCCUUUUCUACGACAUCGGCAUCCGUGCCAGCGCUGACACGCAGCACGAAGUGGCCAGCGGCGUACCUCUGCGUACCACAGGUAUGGUGCGGCAGUUGCGACCUCCUCGUGACGUUUUGCCGCCUGCCUGCCCAACCCUCGCAGGCGUCGGGAUCCUACACGGCGGAGCUGAGCAGCUGGACUGUGACCCGCACUCGCCUGAGCGUGCCUGCGAUCGUGGCCGACCGGCCAGAGGUGCCGCAGCUGCUCAAGGAUAAGGUGGCGGCCCGCGCGCGCAUCACAAUGGCCAAGGCAGCCACGGAGGUGCAGAGCGCAAUGGAGCGCCAGCUCGUCCGGGUGGCCAAGAACGCCGAGGGCCCACAGGCGACGCACGCCAAGGGCGCGAGGAGUUAUGCCGCCAGGGGGGUGCUGGAGUUCACAUGGAAACCCCCGGACAGGGCGGCGCUGAAGGGUCUGACGUCGCUGGCGACCAGCGGCUGGCGGCCUCGCGCGUCGGGCAACCUCGACCUGGUGCUCUUCGUCAGCGAGGUCGACAACCUCUCCCUGGACAGAGUUGGCGCCGACGUCUGGAAGGCGCCCAGCGGAACGCUUAACUUCCUGCACGCGUACAGGGCACGUCGCUUCUGGCACCCGCCGGCGGCGCAGGACCAGCAGGAGACCAUCCAGAGGUGGAGGGAAAGGGGCCUGAGGUGUGGCCGCACUGUUGCCGCUGCGGGGAGCCACCAGUGGUCAGCGGCGCCGUUGGAGGGAGGCGUGGCGCUCUCCGACGUCGUCCGCGGGAGCCGCGGAGCGCUGGGGGCUGGCAUCGUGAGCUCCGGCGGCGGCAGCGUCAGCAGGAUCGAGUGGAGCGCACGGGGAUCUCUCGGCGAGGUGCUGGAGGAGGCGAAGAGGCUCAAGGUCCUGGAGGCGCACGGCCAGAGCAUCCUGCUACCGCUGCCCAAGCCUCUGGACAUGGGGUACAAGAGCACGAGCGCCGACGCGCCCGUGGUGUUCAGCGUCCUCCAUGGCGCGGGGGUGCUGCCGUACAAGCAGUGCGUGGACGAUUUCGUGGCUCGUGCGAAGAAGUUGGCAAUCGACCGGAAGGCCCCGCUCAAGAUCGCCCCCGCCCGCGCCCAGUUCGACGACGCGGUGGCGGCCUCGGGCGCUGGUGCAUCGUCGGUGGGAGCUGUCUCCGAGGGGCUAAGCAGGCUCGGGAUGGCACCAGACGCCCAGGAGUUGCUCACGGACCACCUCCUGGGGCUCGGCUACCCCGAGGCAGCCCUCGCCCGCGCCGUCUCGGAGAGGCUCGCCAGCGCCGGGGCCGUCACGACCCCCGCAGCGCUGCGCGACCUGAUCGGCGCGGCCCCGGCGGGGCUCGCGCUCGUGGAGAGCCUGGCCGAGGGCCGUGGCGAGGCAGCCAGGCACGACUGGGGUGGCGAUGCCGUGAGCGAGGGCACCGUGGUGCGCACGCUCGCUCGGUGCGGGGUCCCACUCUGCACCGCGAACAAGAAGGCCCUCCUGGAGGUGCUGAAGCCCGCCCUGCGAGGCAGCGUCUACUCCGCCUCCGACCUCCUGCGCCUCCUCUUCGGGCCGGACGAGGUCGCGCGCGCGCUGGCGGGCCGGAGCCAGGAGCUCCAGCAGGCGCUGGGGCGGCUGGACCCCGCUGGCAGGGGGGUCGCAGAAGUCUCGGGGCUGGUGGCGGCGCUGCGCUGCGCCUGCGCCGACCGCCUGACGGCCAGGCUCGCCUCGCUGCACCACGACGCGCGCGCCGCGGGGAAGGACCUGGUGCACUACGGGCCCCUCCUGGAGGCGCUGGCCGCCUGCCGCUCCGCCGGGGGCGUGCUCGAGCUGCUGGCGCGGAGCGCCCCCCAGGGCGCCGUGGUGCGGCUGCUGGCGCUCUUCUGCGGCGGCAUGCUGGUGCCCCCGGCGGGCGACGAGGGCGCCUGGCUCCUCCCGCACGAGGACUUCAUCAGCCCGUACGGGUGGGCGGGAGUCCCUGGCGUGCGCGGCGCGACACACAGCCCGCGGCUCUUCGGAUACGAGGCCAUCUCCCACGCGGACCUGGGCGUGGUCGCGAGGAGCAUUGCGGGGGUGGUGCUCUCCGACGAGAGCUUGAGCGUCCUCGCGGCCCACCUCGACACCGUAGAGGGUGCAGGGCCCGCGGGGGUCACCAGCGCCAAGGCUUUCCUGCGGAAGCUGCACGCCGGGCGCGCCGGCCUGGUCCAGAAGGCGAUCCAGGUCCUGGCGGGUGCCGGCGAUGCCGAGCAGGACCGGCAGCUCUCCCUGACCGAGGCUCUCGGCGCCACCGCGGCCCUGCCCCCGUUCCUCGCUCGGGCGCGCGAGCUGUUCCCCGAGCUGGAGCGGCUCCCGGAGCUGGGGGCCCGCGCGUGGCCGCUGGUCGCCGAGGCGCACGGCGCCGCAGGCCAGGGCGGGGCCGUGGACGUGCGCGGGCUGUCGGAGGCCGUCGCCCACGCCGUGUGCCGGGGGGCGGACGGCCGCCAGGGGUCGCUGCGGUCGGCCGCGGAGCUGGUGUACGGCGCCCGGGAGGCCGUGCUGGGCGGCUGUCAGGAGGCGGACGGGCCUGGGUUCGGCACCCUGCCCAUCGAGGCGUUCCUGGCCGCGAUCGCCCGCGUCCGGGUGAUCCUCAGCGACCCGGAGCGAUCCGCCCUCGGCGAGUUCGCGGACCUGCGGGGGGACGGGCUCGUCCCUUACAGGGCGGCCGUGCGACGCCUGGGCUUGUUGCUCGGCAGGCACGCUGGCGUCGGCACGGCGCCCGCGCAGGACCAGGACUCGGACCAGGAUGGCCUGCCCCCCCCCGCUGGCGUGUCCGACCUCUGGGAGCUGGUGGCCGCCUCGCUCCGUGACAGGGCCUUGGAUCUGCGGCGCGACGUCUUCUUGCAGCCCGCUGGUGCGCCCAGCGACGGCUCGACGGUCGAGGUGACCCGCCGGCUGUUCCUCGACGCCAUAGACCGCCUGGGCAUCUCGAUUGGCGCCCGCCAGCCCGGCGACGGCGACAGCGGCAGCGGCCCUCCAGGUCGCAGCGACCGCUCGCCGAGGCUGCUGCACAGGCCGCUCGGCGCCUCCGACCUGACGCUGGCCACGGGCCGCGACCUGGCCGGCGCGGCCUUUCGGGAGCUGGACACGGGGCGCAGGGGGUCCGUGACGCUAGCGGACGUGGAGAGGAAGGUCCACCAGGGCGCGGCGGCGCUCUCGCAGCGCGAGGCGGCCGCCCGGACGGCCGCCGACUGGGCGCUCGCGCCAGGCCAGGGCCCCGCGCCGUCCAGGGGCGCCGCCGCCGUGGCCCGCGCGCUGUCGCCGCACGGCCGCGGGGCCCCGCCGGACGGCCGCGGAGCCCCGCCGGACGGCCACGGCCAGGCGAGCCCUGGCCUGACGGCCGCGGCCUCACGCCACAUCCCCGCGGGCCUGCUGCCGCGCCUCCAGAGCGGGGGGCCCGGCCUGGCGGCCACGCUGGUGGCCCUCGCCGCAGACUUCGAGGCGCAGCAGCUCACCCCCUUCGAGGCCUUUGCCUGCCUGGACGCCUCGAGGACGGGCCUCCUGUACGAGGACCGAUUCUGCCUGGCGCUCCGGCUGGCCUCGCCCGCGGUGUCCCUGCAGCAGGCGAGGGAGGUCUUCCAGCUCAUGCGCUCGCUGCCCAGCGACGGCCGCGCCAGCGACGAGGCAGUGGACCUCUUCCAGUUCGAGCAGGUGUUCCCGCUGAAGAGCGGGUCGCUGCAGGGCCGAGGCCUCUGGCUUUCCUCCAUCGUGGGCCGAGUCGCCCGCCACCUCGGCAGCCGCGGGAUGACGCCAGAGGCGCUCUUCAAGGAGGUGGACGCCGCGGGCAGGGGCGCCGUCACGCAGGCCGACAUGGUCCGUGCCGCAGCCGACCUCCGCCUCGGCAUCUCUCCGGAGGAGGCGCGCGCCCUGCACGCGGCGGCGGUGGAACGGUGCAGCGCCGCGCCCCCUGCAGGCGAGACGCCCCCGCGCGACGCGACGGCCACGUACCGCGGCCUCGUGGCGGUCCUCAGGCCGGCGCUGGAGCGCGAGCACUCCGGGACGCCUGGCUCGGAGACCGUGGGGACCUCGAUGCGUCGAGCCGGGUCGGGCCCGCCCCGGCGGGCGGAGGUGGCGAUCCUCGCGGAGGGCGCGUCUGGCGCGGACGUCGUGCGGGCCGUCAGCCAGCACCUGCACCGCUCGGAUCCCACGCUGGUGCACGUCUUCCGGCGCUUCGCGGCGGGUGGCAGGCUGCCUCGCGCCGCGCUGCCCGAGCUCCUGGCGCACCUCGGGCUGCGGCUGGACCCGGCGCAGCAGAGCAUGCUGUGGCGAGAGCUGGGCGCCGACGCCGCAGCAGCCGUUGAGGAGAGAGCAUGGCAGCAGCUCUUCCGCGUCUCCACUGCGAUCGGAUGGGACUCCGUGUUCAGCCGCCUGGAGGUUGCCUGCACAGUUCGCGGGGCCCCGCUGGAGAGUUUUCUCGAGGACCUGGCAGGCAGCGAGACGGCUACGUGGCUUUCGGAGGCGGCGGCGCGGAAAAUCUUUGCGAAGCUCGGCCUCGUGGCCUCGGAGCAGGAGAUCUUCUCCUGGCUCAAGGCCGUGGCGCAGCCCGCCCCGUCCGGCUUUGGUAGCCGCGUUCCCAUCGCACACGCGGCGGCGGUGACAGCUUCUCGCGCCUAUGGCGGACGGAUGCUGGCAGCGCGUCGGCUGCAGGACAGGCUGCGGUCGCAGGGCGUCUCGGCUUCGCAGGCGCUGGCGGUGCUGCUGCGGGGGCGCGGACGCGAUGCAUCGGGGAUGCCUUCGGCAAGUCAGUCGCCACAUCAUGGACCCGCCGGCGCAAGCGCCGCGGCGGGCUCGGUGCUUCAAGACGCAUCGCGCGCCACCCUCACGCGGAGAGACGUUGUCGGGGGGUUGUGCUCGAUGGGCCUGGCGACAUCAGAGGCGGACUUGGAGCAGCUCCUCGACAUGCUCGAUCCACGGCGCCUCGACCGCAUCGCCGCGGACGCGUUCCUGCGGGCCGCUGCGCCCGACCAGGCCGCGGCGCGCGCGGAGCUGGCCAGGCGAGGGGCCACGGUGCACGAUGGUACCCCGACGGUGGCCCAGGUGCGGGCCGCGGUCGCGGGCGCAGGGCUCUUCGCCGACGGCACGGAGCCCACCGAGGCCGACCUGCUGAUCUUGGCGCUGACCUCCGGCUCCGCCACGGAGGCGCGACGCUGGUGGCUGGACCCGUCCCCUGCCGAGGGGCAAGCGGCCGGUGGCCAGCGAAGCACCAUCCGCGCUCUGCGGCAGGGCCACGGCGCCGGCACCAGGGCCACGGGGCCUCGGAAGCAGGCGGAGGCCUCGCAGACGGGCGUGAAGCUGCGCGCCGAGGUGCUGCUUCGCCGCCUGCUGCAGAGCGUGUCGUGGGACGUGGCCGUGCUAUCCAGUGUGCUGCCGCCGUCGCCACCCCUGCUCUCCCUGCGGCAGCUCAAUGCGGCGCUCUCGCCCCUGGGCGUUCAUCUGGAGCCCGAGGACGCAGACGUGCUGCGGCGCGCUUUCCCAGACCAGCCACCCUUCAACGCGGACGGCUUCGCGAGCGUGCAGGGGCUGCUGGACGCCGCCCAGCGCUUCCGGGCCUCGGAGGACGCGGCCGGGGUGCGGGGCACGCCCGGUGCGCCCGCGGGCGGCGCCUGCAGCAGCGUGCCGGCGGAGCGGCUCGAAGCGGUGCUGCGGGCUCCCCCGCUGUCGUUCAGCGCGGAGGAUGCCCACGCGCUCGUCUCGGCGCACGCGGUCGGAGGCGGCGUCGACGUCGCGCGCCUGCUGCGUGACAUGGCCCAGCGCCGCCUCGGGCUUGGCGGCUUUUUCCUGGCGAGCAAGGAAGCCUUCGAGUACCUCGACCAUGACCAGCUGGGCCUCCUGGACUUCGUGCACUUCCGGGACCGGAUGCUCCAGGUCAUGUCGGGCAGCCUGCCCCGACGCGGCGCGGCCGCGCCUCAGCGCCCCGCGGCAGCGCCCGGGCGGCCGGGGCACGCGCCGAGCGACGACGUAUGCGAGGCGUCCCCCCUGGACCCCGACCAGCGGGAGUCCUGCUCGGGAGCCUGCGAGUCUCUGUUCAGAGCUCUGGCGUGCGACAGCCUCGGCCUGCGGCGGGCCAGAGGCAUUCCCUAUGGUCGCUUCGAGGUGUUCUGGCGGUCGGGCCCCGGGGGCCUGGUGCCCGCGGCGGAGGUGGCCGGCGCUGGCCGGCAGUGGGGUGCCGUCUGCGACUUCUGGGCCGCAGAGCUGCAGGGGAUGGUGGUCGCGAGGGGUCAAGACCUGGCUUCGCUGGCAGCGGCCCGGACGGGCAAGGGGCUGCCAGGACAGGUGCCCGCGCUGGAGCUGGCAGAGCUGGUGACCCAGUUGCUGGCCAUGCGGUUCGCGCCGCUGCUUUUGUCGCCGGACCGGGAGAAGCCUCUCACAGACAAGAGUAAGUUCACGCCCACCCUGACUGCCUCGGUUCAUGCCCACGACCUGACGUGCCCACUGAUGCUAGCCCUGCAGAGGCAUGCCGAGCGCCUGGUUCAGUGCGCGAUCCAGGGCCCCAUCGACAUGUCGCGGCCCCUCGGAAGCUCGGACGACGCGGCCAUGCACUGGUCUGUGAGCGGGCCCAGGUUCGCGGAGUAUUGCAAGAGCGCCGCCAGCGCGACUCCGAAGAUGCUCCUCGUAGGCGCCUCCUCACCCCUGGACGCUGACCUUGGACGGCGGUGCCUCGCAGAGGCGAACGUCUUCUGCUACGCGUUUGCGUGCGCACAGGCUCUGGCCGGGGCAGUGGCGUCUCUCCGUGCGCAGACAUUGCUGGGCCGCCGAGCAGCCGCUGCAGUCGGCCGCUGCUUCGCAUGGCGCCUCAGGGAGCUGCACGCCCUGGUGGCAGACAUGCUGAUGGCUGCCCUGCGGCACGUCUCCGAGCGAGUGCUGCGCUCUAGAUUGGGCGCGCAGGGCUGCGCUGCCGGAGCGCUCGGGGCACCGGGCGCAGCGGACGCGAGGAGGGACAUCUCGAUGCACCUGAACUCCCUCCAGCACUUUCGGCUCGAGGACCUCGCCAUCGAGUUCGAGAGCUUGCCAGAUGACCGCCCGACGGAGUUCGGCAGCUCACUCGGGGAAGAGUUCCCCAGGAAGACCUACUGCGCGACGCACCCGCAGGUCUGCUGGGUGGCCGUGGAGGCCGUGGAGCCUGCGCCGCCGGGGAGCCCCCUGCACCACAAGGUCCACGGCUCGGUGAAGUUCUCGGGCCCGCCGCGCCCGGUCGUCUUCCGCCUCUCCGGGCGUGCCCGGAGCGUCGACACCAGUGCCGGCGUCGAGAUUGCCGAGGUGCUGGAGGGCCCUCCAGAGUUCAGGCGCGCGAGCGAGGAGCGCUGGCAGCUGCGCCGGCCGCUGCCGCCCGCCGAGGGUGGCGUGGGGCGCCUAGUGUCUGGCCUGCGGCCUGGGGACUCGCUGCUGCUGCAGGGCAGCGGCAUGCUCUCGAUGGCGGUGGAGCUCGUCCCGAAGGCCUGGGUGUCCAAGGCCACCGUCGUGGAGGCGGCGCUCUGCGUCUACCUCAGCGGGCGCAGUGCCGAGUGCUUCGCGGGCCUGCUGGGGGAGCAGGAGCUGGCCGCCCGCCAGGCGCUGGGGAAGGCGCGCGUGUCGCACUUCCUGGGCUGGUGGAGCCAGGGCGACUACGCGCUCGCCAAGGAGCCGGGGACGAGCGAGGGCUGGGCUUGCCUGCACGACGUGGUCGACAGCGCUGGCGGGCUUGGACAGCACUGGCUGAACGGGGGCAUGCUCCUCUUCCGGCUCCUCUGCAGGCAGAUUUUGGGGCUCAUGAUGUUGCUGCACAAGCACGGCUUCGUCGCGCGGCACCUGCGGCUCAGGGACUUCCUGCUCAGCAGCGAUGGGAGAUCCCUCCGCCUGCACUCGCUGCGCUUCGCUUCGCCGAUGGGCACCUCGCUGGUCACGCUGCCGUCGCUGUGCGGGAGCGGCCAGGAGCCGCUGGCGCCGGAGUUCUUCUCCAGGGGCGCGGCGAGAGCGACGCGGGAGGAGGCGGUGGACUCGUGGGUCUUCGGAUGCCUGGCCUUCCACCUGUUCUUCGGGGAGCAGGCGCCCCGCUUCCAGCACCAGCUCGCGCAGUUCCUCGCGGCACACCCGGGGGUGCCCCAGCCUCGCCCUGGGCAGCUGCGGCUCCCGCGCGACCUGCCCGCGCACUUCUGCUACUCGCCGCUGGCGGCCGUGCCGCCGAGGCACCGCUCGGCGCUGCGGGCGGCCGUCGAGGAGCGCUGCAGGGCGCACGUGGGGCCCCCGCGGGCGGAGGCCCCCCCGGGCACGCUGCUCACCGCACUGGGCUCCCACUCCGCGCUGGCGCCCUGGCCCCCCUUCGUGGAGCCCGCGCCGCCGGCCGCGCCCGCAGGCGGCGACGACGGCGCCCCGUGGAGCGAGACGGUGGUUCUGCCGACCUCGCAGGCCCUCGAUCUGGUGUUCGGCUGCCUGCAGGUGGACCGCCUUCGCCGCCCGCCAGUGGAGCAGCUGCUCGCGGCGGCCGAGUUCGACCUGGGGGUCGACUUCGGGCUCAGCCUCAUGGCCCAGUCCGCGCAGCUCGACGCCUUCUCCAGGGGGUGGAUCCGUGGGGCCUCCGCCCCGCGGGGCGCCAGACUGGAGCACGUCCUGCGGGUCGCCUGCGCGUACCUCUUCGCCGAGCCCGGACGAGACUGGCUCACCGAGGCGCAGCAUCAGGAGGUGUGCCGCGCCCUGCACGAGGUGGAGGGGCUGCUGUUGGCCCAGGCGCCCUUCCCCGGACCAGACGCCCUGAAGGUACACGUGCACCUGUGCCGCUACGUCAACUUCCUUUGCAUGCGGACUAAGCAUCGCCACCCAGAGCUGCUCCGUCGCUUCUGCGAGAUGCUGUCCGCUGUGCUGGACUCCUUGACUGUAAAAGGCAGCACGCUCAGUGCCGUCAUCGACGACAUCAUAGAUCUUCUCGUGUGUGGCAUCUGCGGGCGAGAGCUUCCCCUGGGAACUCCAGCGCGCCAUAGAACAUGCUUCUUCCUGCGGCCCGCCAACUGGAAGCCCGGCGCCGGUAUGUGCGACGUGGUCGACGAGAUGUGGCGACACCACGGCCAAGAGCUAUUUCAUUUCGGCACCGAGACCUACCUGGCCUUUGAGAAGCUGCACUCAAGGCUGCUCAGCGAAAGUGCCACCGAGGACGCCGUAUCUGUGAUGGCAGGCAGCCGGGUGCAUCCGCUGCAGCCUGCGAUACGGAGACGCAAGGUGCGUGGACCAGGCUACCUGCGCGCGCUCGCAGAGUGCGCGGACACGCACUACCGCUAUGCCCUAGGUGGGUCGCCGGUGGGGCAGCGCUUCGCCGUGCGGCACUCCCGGAAGGUCGUUUGCUCUGGCGACUUGGAGAAGGUGCUCGCGCUGGUGGACCUCCGGGUUCCCCCGGCCUACGUGGCGCUGCUGGGGUGCCCAGACGAGUGCGUUCUGGAGGAGGUGGUCCCCUUCUUCGAGGAGGCCGGGGGCGCGCUCCUGCCGCCGGGGGAGCACUGCCACGCGGGCCUGGACUGCCCAGCCUGCGGGGCGCUGCGGCCGCACCACUCGGCGCGCGGCGUGCAGCUCCUGGCUGCGCUGGCGGCCGUGCCGGGCGUGGGCCUCGAGGUGCAGCGGUCCGCCGUGCGCGUGCUGAUCGACAUCGCGUCGGCCUACGGGCAGCCGCCCCAGCGCCAGGCCCUCGGCCACCUGCUCGGCGUCCUGCAGUCCAGGGGCCCCUCGGACGACCCCGUGGCGCGGCUCGUGCCGCCCUACGUGCGGAAGCUCCUGAUGGAGGUGCUGCAGUACCCUACGCCGGCGCUGUCCCACGCCAUCUGCUGCUUCCCCGCCACCUUCGGUCUGCUGGGCCUCGGCCGCGCCGACGUUGUGCAGCCGGCCUCCAUGGGAGAGGUCGAGGCUCUGGCCAGGGAGUGGGUGCGGCGUGCGCGCGAGAGCGCCCGGCUGGCUCACGCUGGGCGGCCUAAUUGGCGCAGAGCAGCGCCCCUGUUGGCAUGGGCUCGCCACCUUGCCAGGUUGGACCAAGUCGCCGCCCUGACCUCCGCCGUAGAUGCCCUCCUGGAAGUCUACCGCGAGGCCUUCAUCCACGCGGAGAUGCCGCACCUCCCGGGCCCCUCCCCAUCUGGCGCCCCAGCGCCGGACGCCUGGGCUCAAGGCCCUGGACGUGAGUUCCAAGGAGCAGGCGACCAGCAUGCCGACGCAGACCGCAGCGGCCCGUUCCGGUACAUGGUGGAGUUUCUUGGCCUGGUGGAGGCGCUCUUUCUACGGUUCGGGUGGGCGCCAGUGCGAAAGGCCGUCGAGCGCUUCGUGUCCGAGCUGCAGGACAGUCAGCUUGCGGAGACGUCCUGGUACUUCCAGGUUCUCUCCCUGUUCGGCAUACUGACGGCGCACCGCGUGCCCUGGGUGCAGCUCCCAGGGCCGCAGGCAGAGCGCUUGCGCCUGCAGUCGCUCGGGAUCCACGAUGCCAAGGCCGGGCCGCAGGACUGCCCUGGAUCGUGGGCCCUGGCGCGCUGGCACGGCGAGCUCAGCCAGAUGGGCAUGGGGAGCGCUCUGAGCAAGGCUCUCCACAGCACCUUUGCCCCGAGCAGGGUGCUGAUGAGAAGGCCCGUGUGGACUGUCACGCUCGCCGCCCUCCUCCGCACCAUCUGGCAGAACGUGAUCGGGAUCCCCCACGCCGAACCCGCGAAGCGCACCGAGGUGCCCGAACCCGAUGCCGGUAAGCUGGUGCGGGACCUGGUCCAGCAGGGCUGCUUGGAGUUCCUCGUGGACUGCUCAGCUGGCGGCGAGGCCGGCGUCGGGGAGGGCGCCCAGCCGGCCGCGCGGCACGACCAGCUGGUGGUGAUGCGGCAGCACUGCGGCGCGCUGCUGGGUGACGCCGUGCACCGAGGGCGGCACCACCGGCCGCUCGUGCAGACGCUCGUACGCCUCGUGUCGCGGGACUUCGCCGCCAGCGUCGCGGAGCAGCUGCGCUCGCCUUCGCGCGGCACGCGUGACGCGGGGGUGCGGCUGCUGAGGGCGCUGGUGGAGCUGAGGUCCGAGGACGCGGACGGCGCGCUCCUGCACACGGACGUCGAGGACCUCUUGCGUGCUGGCCUCGCCGAGGCCGCGUGCGCAGCCCCGGGGCCCGAGGAGCUCCCGCCGGACCCGCUGCUGGACCACCCGCUGGCGCUGCACCGCGUGCAGGUGGGCGAGCUGGUCGGCGGCGCCCGCGCGGCGCACGCGCCGGCGCCGGCCGAGGCAGAGCCGGGCCUGCCCGCGGAGCCCGCCCCGCGCGAGGCCGCGUGGCGGCCCGCGCGCUCGUCCUCCGUGCCGUCGGGGCAGGGUCGAGGCCGGGCUCUGCAGACGGAGGUGGUGGUGCCGCUGAGGCGCUCAGCCUCCCGCGGCCGGGGUCGCGGACGACUCUGA